AGCUAAACUGAACAUAUUUAAAUAAAUAAAUAUAUACAUAAAUGGCGGGCCGCGACACCUUGCAGCUACAUGUUGUGGCUGUCGUGGUAUCCGUCACCAUAUUAACCUUCUUUUUGUUCGGUCAAGUUGCGGAGGCAUCACGUGUGAUGAACUUGUGCUCUCACACCGCAUAUCCUUCUCUAUGCCAACCUCUGGUGAGACGUAUCACGAACCCAAGACGAGCCACGCACCGAACCAUCCAGGCCUUGGAGGCCAAGACCAAACUGGCUCUGGCUGAAGCGGCUAGGUACAAGAACGGUAACCAACCGAUCGCCACGUGUUACGCGACGCUUGGUGAUGCGGUUUACAAUCUGGCGAACGCGAGGAAAAGCAUAAGGAAACGUGAUGUGAUGGCGCUGAACACGUUCUUGACUGCGGCUGUGUCUGAUUAUGGUGUAUGUGUCGAAGGGUUUAUUGAUGCGAAUCAAGUUAAUACGGUCCAGAAUGUAGCGGUUGACUUGAGGAAAAUUAGUAGUAAUUGCUUGUCGUUGUCUACAUUGAUUUAGAUGAUUGAUUACAAAUAACAUUCAUUCAUUUUUUU